GUUGCUUCAUACCCCACCAGCACUCCUCAGCUCACUCCUCCUACUAUGGCACAAUAUCCUGUUGGCAAUCAAAUUCUCGCUCAGGGUUAUAAUCCUGCUGCCCACGAGGAUAGAAGAAAGCACGGCAUGCUAGGCUCCGAGUCCACAAAGCAUGUAGAACAUCAAUCGUAUGACAUCCAUCUGUGCAACUAUUUUGACCCUCCGCCUGUGGGUCAGGAGGAGACCGCAAAGUUCAGAGUCAGAUGCGUUGCCGUCCGGAUGUAUGCCACUCUCGUGACUGUCGAGGAGUGCGAAGUCCCCCCGAUCUACAUAGGGAUGGACAGCGACUGGGCCCCCAACCGGGCUAUGCUUCCUUUCCUAGACGUUGACACCGUCAUGAUGGAAGGACAUCCCAAUGAUAUCAUCCAAAGAUUGAACGUUCCGCUUGGUCCCAAAAUCCCCACAGUUGUACACAUCAAUGGCCAUGUUCAUGAAGGUUAUAUCGUUACGUGGUUCUAUCGUACGCUACUCGAACACCAUGUUCCCGGCACCGAUGAUCAUAAGUUCCACUACUACAAACACCAUCAAACGGCCGACAAUCGACCGUACUACGACGCUAACGAUACAAACUACAAGACGUUUGACAUCUUGAGCUUCGGGCUCCAGGUGCAGAACUUCAGACAGGCGCUGUGGUAUUAGUAGGCUUGGUUUUCUCAUACGGAGCGUCAUCAUGAAAGCGUUGUUCUAUGUACUGUUUUAUACGGCGAAUUCCUAUGUAAAUGCGCCUGCAACUCAUACGCAGAUGCAUCUAAUAUCUUGGC